GCUCGGCUGAGCUGGAAUUGGAUCGCCUGGGCUCCUCUUUUAAAGGCGCUUGCCAAGCGGUCUCGGCUUCCUGAUCCUUGCUCUAGUCCCGGGCGUUCGGGAUCCUCGUCACCUCGCCGGCAUGUCUCAGGCUGAGUUUGACAAGGCUGCUGAUGAAGUUAAACACCUCAAGACCCAGCCAGCUGACAGUGAGAUGCUGUUUAUCUACAGCCACUUCAAACAAGCCACUGUGGGUGAUGUAAAUACAGAGCGGCCCGGGAUGUUGGAUCUCAAAGGCAAAGCCAAGUGGGAUGCCUGGAAUCAGCUGAAAGGGAUGACCAAGGAAAAUGCCAUGAAAGCUUACGUAGAUAAAGUAGAAGAACUAAAGAAGAAAUAUGGAAUGUAAGAGAUUGGACUUGGUUGCCAGCCACACAUUUAACCUAAAAUGAUAUCAUGCCUUCUUUUUUUCUAAUACCAUGGAUGUGGCUCUAACACAUUAAGGGAAGAACUGAUUAGUCCUUUCUAAACAGUUUUUAUCAGAAUUCAAUUAAAAGUACAUUUGCUACUUUAA